AUGGCUGCGGAUACCGAAACAGCCAACACGUCAUCCAUGCUAAUCGAUUUACAACCAACCUGCGUUCGUGUUGGGAAUGCAGAGCCAUCCUGCAGCACCGCCUAUGGAGAAGCCCUACAGCAGCACCGGCUGCUGCCGGGCGAUGUGGAGCUGGCAGUUCUUGCCCAUGCUCUCAACAUUGCGCUUACAGUGUUUGACCCGGAUGGGCUGCAGAUCUGCUAUUGGGGCACCAGCACAGCGCCAACGGAAGUGUGCCUCAUCUGGCAGACAGGCCUCGCUGGCACCCCUGUGUCUUACUGCCUGCUGGAUAUGGUGCCAGAUGCUGAGCAACACAUUCCUGGGUACUUUGGAGCAUCCUGGCGCAGUGGCGCCGGCCACAGCCUCGGCAUCUCUGUGCAGCUUGCGGCUUGGAGUGCUGUCACAAGCGUGCUGCUGGCCAGUGCACUUGUGGUGUGCGCCGUGUGCAGUGUCACCAGCACCGAUCUGCACGAUGACCUCAAUGGCAAUGAGCGAGCAGAGUAUCUGGCCUUCCAUCCACCAGACUAUACCAAGGCCAUCGUGUCCUUGGACGCCAUCGACCAACUGCGGAUAGGCCUAGAGGUGCUGGGAUGGAGCAUGCAGCACAACCCGCUCGUCAGGGAGUUCCUCACCGUUGCUGAACAAGUCCCGCCCAAUCACCCGUUGCCAUACCUUUCUCCAGCUGAUGUGCAAUCGUUUGUUGCCAACGGGACCCCACUGGACUAUCAGUUUGGCCUGUCUGCGGAGAUGGCCAUGUUCCCCUAUCUGUUUCCCUUUGGUGUUGGCGCAUUUAUGGGCGGCACGACCUUGGUCAAGUACUUAGCAUACCGCACCAAGUGCCUUUUCAGUGUGUGGAAAGCCGUACUUGCUGCUCAUGUAUGUGCUUCACCAGAGUGCCCAGCUGCAAGAGCAAAAUACAGAGGCCGUGCUGGAGAGUGUGCUCCUCGACUACAAGUCCCAGCACCCUAA